GCCUCCGCUGAGGCCUGGGCCGGCCCGCCGGCGCUCGGCCGAUGUGCCCGGAGCACCCGCCAUGGACAAGAUCCUGGAGGGGCUGGUGAGCUCGUCUCACCCGCUGCCGCUAAAGCGGGUGAUUGUGCGGCGGGUGGUGGAGUCGGCGGAGACGCCGCUGAGCCAGGCGCAGUGCCGCGCUAUGUUCGCCCUCAGCACCCGGCUGGUGCUGCAGGGCCUCGACCCCUUCCAGCGGCAGGUGGGGCGGCAGGUGCUGGAGGCCUAUGGUCGCUACCACCGCGACGAGUUCGAGGCCUUCUUCAACCGCGGGCUCGUCCUUGGCCUGCUGCAGCGCGGCUACGGCGAGCUGAGCAACCGCGACCCCGCCAUCCUUGACUACAUCCAGGCGGGGCUGCGCCUUAUCAUGAGUUGCCCCUCGGUGCUAGAGCUCUUCGAGCUGCUGCAGGUGGAGGCGCUGCGUCUGGUGUGCGAGCGGCCGCCGCCGCCGCUCUGCGCCCGCCUCUGCCAGCUGCUGGGCGACUUUCCGCAGUGUCUGCCCCGCGGCAGGAAGCUCUCGCUCGCCUUCUGCCAGCAACUUGUGCGCAGCAUCGCCCAUUUCCAGAGCCAAGGCACCCGGGAGCCCGAGCUGCGCCUCUACGUCUCGCAGGUGACCCAGGUCAGCGGGCUUCUGCGCAGUGUCUGGAAAGCCGAACCCGACACGCUGCUGCCUUCCCUGCAGGAGCUCUUCGCCAUCAUCUCUGCCGCCGAUACUUCAUUUGAACCUUCUGUUGCACUGGCAAGUCUUGUGCAGCACAUACCAUUACAGAUGAUUACUGUACUCAUCAGGAGCCUUACUACAGAUCCAAAUGUGAAAGAUGCAAGUAUGACUCAAGCUCUGUGCAGAAUGAUUGACUGGUUGUCCUGGCCUCUGGCUCAACAUGUGGAAACGUGGGUGAUUGCACUACUAAAAGGACUGGCCGCAGUCCAGAAAUUUACAAUCCUCAUUGAUGUCACUCUGCUUAAGAUUGAGUUGGUAUUUAAUCGACUUUGGUUUCCUCUAGUGAGGCCUGGUGCUCUUGCUGUCCUUUCCCAUAUGUUACUUAGUUUUCAGCAUUCUCCAGAAGCUUUUCAUUUGAUUGUCCCACACGUGGUUAGUUUGGUUCACUCCUUCAAAAGAGAUGGCUUACCUUCCAGUACAGCCUUUUUGAUGCAGCUGACGGAGUUGAUACAGUGUAUGAUGUAUCACUAUUCAGGAUUUCCAGAGCUCUAUGAACCUAUUCUGGAAGCUAUUAAGGAUAUGCCCAAACCCACCGAAGAGAAGAUUAAGUUAAUUCUCAAUCAGAGUGCCUGGACUUCACAAUCCAGUUCUUUGCCAUCUUGUUUAUCUAGACUUUCUGGAAAAUCUGAAACUGGGAAGACAGGCCUAAUUAAUCUAGGAAACACUUGCUACAUGAACAGUGUUAUUCAGGCACUUUUUAUGGCUACAGAUUUCAGAAGACAUGUUUUAUCUCUGAAUCUAAAUGGGUGUAAUUCACUAAUGAGAAAAUUACAGCAUCUUUUUGCGUUUUUGGCCCAUACCCAGAGGGAGGCAUAUGCUCCUAGAAUUUUCUUUGAGGCUUCCAGACCACCAUGGUUUACCCCUCGAUCCCAGCAAGAUUGUUCAGAAUAUCUCAGAUUCCUGCUAGACAGGCUGCAUGAAGAAGAAAGAACUUUGAAAGCACUGUCUUCACUGAAGGCUUCUGAAAAUAUAAUGAAUGAAGAGUCCCAAACACAAGAAGCUGACCAUAAAGCACAAGUAUUUGCACCUUGUACAGAAAGUGAAGAAAGAACUCUGAUAGAGAAGAUGUUUGGAGGAAAGCUGAGGACUAUUAUAUGCUGCUUGAACUGCAAAAGUAUGUCUCAAAAGGAAGAAGCUUUCACAGAUCUCUCUCUAGCUUUCUGUCCUCCAACUUCCUUGGAGAACGUUGGCCCAAAAUGUAUGGAAAGUUCUGAAGUGAAAGAUGAUUGCAUGGUGCAGGCUAACACUUUAGCAAAUAGUCCUGUUGGAGAAACACCUCUCAGUAAUUUGGAAGUGAAUGGUGGAUGUGAUGCAAUAGUGAAUGAAGGACCCAUAAAAAAUUUUUCUGCUGAGCCAAACUCUGAGAAUACCACAAAUGCUGAACUCGACGAAGUUCAAGAUAAUGGGGGUAUGUCUCAGAGGCUAGUAGGUAAAAGCACCCUGUCAGUCACAGACUUACUGAAUUACUUUCUGGCACCUGAGAUCCUCAGUGGAGACAAUAAGUAUUAUUGUGAAAAGUGUGCCUCUCUGCAGAAUGCUGAGAAAACUAUGCAAAUCAUCGAGGAACCUGAAUACCUCAUUCUCACUCUUUUGAGAUUUUCAUAUGAUCCAAAGUGUCAUGUAAGGCGCAAAAUCUUGGACAAUGUUUCUCUGCCACUUGUUUUGGAACUACCGGUCAAAAGAACAACAUCCUCUCUAGCUGUAGAUCUGGGAAGCUGGUCUGCUGGUGUUGAGGUCUCUGAUAUUGGAGAAAAUCUUGCGAAAAAACUGAAACCUUCAGGUGCUGAUGAAGUGGCCUGCCCUCGAUUGGUGCCCUACACAUUAAGCUCUGUGGUGGUACAUUCUGGUGUAUCCUCUGAAAGUGGACAUUACUAUUCAUAUGCUAGAAAUGUUACUGGGUCAGGGCCUUCAGCACUCUGCCACCAGUCUACAGCUGUUUCUCCUCAGGAUAAGUUGUUGACAGAGGAGGGUCCUUGCACUGUUGUAGAAAAUGAGCUGGACAUGGAGAUGCCAAGAGAAUGGUUUCUGUUUAAUGAUAGCAGAGUGACGUUUACCUCAUUUCAGUCAGUCCAGAAAAUUACCAGUAGAUUUCCAAAGGAUACUGCUUAUGUUCUGUUUUACAAAAAACAGAACAGCACCUGUGGCUUCAACACCAAUUCAGCAAAUGGACUCUGGGUCAAUGGAGACCCACCCCUACAGAAGGACCUCAUGGAUGCAAUUACAAAAGAUAACAAACUGUACUUGCAGGAGCAAGAGCUUAGUGCUAGAACACAGGCACUUCAAGCUGCUUCAGCCUCAUGCUCUUUCCGACCCAAUGGAUUUGAUGACAAUGACCCCCCAGGAAGUUGUGGACCUACAGGUGGAGGAGGAGGGGGUGGGUUCAGUACUGUUGGUAGAUUAGUCUUUUGACUAUGAAGACACCCUGGAAUACACUGGUUCCGAAGCAGCUGUGUACUGCUGAGGACAACUGAAAUAGUGAACUUUGUUGGAUAUUGUACUAAGUACUGAGACUUGAUUUGUGUUUCAAAAGCAAAUGUUGGGGGCUUUUUGAUUAUGUUUUAUCUGAAAUAAAUAAGCGCAUAAAAGAAAAAA